GGUAGUAGUUACAAAAAGGAGAAGGAAACAAAAUAUAAUCUAAAUAAGAAAAUUUUAAACUUAAGAAAUAGUUUAUAUAUUUCAAAAAUACCAAGCAAAAGACAAUGGAAACAACAGCAAGGGUGUAAAUCAUUACAACUUUUUGGAGCCAAAAAAAUUUUUGUUAUUCUUAGCUCAUAUCUACAAAAACAUUUUUAAUUUCAAAAAACAAACAAAAACCUCGUUUGACUUACAAAUGGAGCUUUUAGAAAUCUGUUCUACAGAAAAGACCUACCUGCACUUGUGUUCAAAUAUAUUUGUAAGGACAUUGUUAAUAAUUAUAAAACAUUAAAACAAAAUGUGAACUCUGUUCUUUUUAUUUAACACACGCUUUGUGUCCACAUUAGCUAGGCAUUGUGGUAAGUACUAUGUCAAGAAAUAAGAUUUAGUCUAAUGGAAAGUAGAGAUAUAAAACAAAUAAGCAAGGCGAUGGGAUGUGUAGUUACAAAUUGUGAUAAAUGAUAAGACGAUAGGGUUUUGUUUGUGAGGGUCAUAAGAUGGGAACGCCCCUGGAACGUAGAAAUAUCCCACCAUGGGUAAAAGUUCCCGAAGACCUGAAAGAUCCAGAAGUGUUCCAGGUCCAGACGUGGCUGCUGGAAGCCAUGUUUGGCCGGGACGGAUGUCGAAUCCCUUACAUUGAGCAGGUGAGCAAGGCCAUGCUCGAUCUGAAGGCUCUGGAGUCUCCAGAUUUCACUGAGGUUGUGGUUUACAGCUCCUGUACAUACAAGCUUCGGGCCAAGCGGAUACCCCAGCCUAUGGCUGAGUGGCACCGCCAGCAACCAGGAACGACGGAUGCUCAAACUUGAGGAAGCCAUGAAUACCUUCGAACUAAGCCCUUGGAUGAACUGAACCAGCUUCCAACCAGGAUGAAGGCCAGGAUGUAGAGAUUAGUUUGUGGCCAGAGCUGGAGUGAUUUCUCCAGCUUGGUUUAAAACCUGUUCCAAGCCUGAGGAGUUGAGGGAAAAUCAUCUGUUUAGGUGUCUCUACCUUGGGUCUGAGUCUUGUUGUGAAUAUCUCUUUGAUAGUUGCCAAUAAAAGUUUUUCUUCCCCAUUUUAAAAAUUAAAGAAAAAACAACGAUAGAGUACUGUAAGAGGGAGUAAAAGGCAGAACCUUCUCUAGAAGAAUUAAGAAAGGUCUAUCUAAAAUUGUGACAUUCAAGCCAAAAUCUGAAGAAUAAAAGCUACUUUCAGUAAAGAGUUUUAAGCCAUGAAGUUAUCUGAUAAAUGUAAGGUUUUAAAAAGGUGACUGUGUCUGGUGUGAGAAGAAUAAAUUGGGGGUGAGAAGAGUGGAAAGAGAAAUACCAUUUAGGAGGCUGCUGUCAUACAAUAGUCCAGUAAACUAGGUGACAGACAAUAUUGCCAAGGUUAGAGUGGUGGUAGCAGAGCAGUUAGAAGUGGUUUUAAGAUAUACACUGGGGAAGUGUGGUAGAAUAGAAAGGAUUUAUUGAUAAAUUAUGUUGAGUAGAUAAAGUGAUGAGUGAGUGACUCUUAAUUUGGUUGUAUGUGUUUUUUAAUUAACUGCUUUAUAACAGAUGUAAUUUGCAUAUCACAAAAUUCAUCCUUUUAAAGUAUACAGUUCAGGCUGGGCACAGUGGCCCACGCCUGUAAUCCCACCACUUUGGGAGGCCGAGGUGGCGGGAGAAUCACUUGAGGCCAGGACUUCGA